UCUACGCCCUGAUAUUGACUCCGACCUCGGCCUUUUAAGGUAGUCUAUGAAAGUACUUUAAGGACCCCCGAAAACUUAUAUAUAUUUAGAGUUAGAGAACCUCGAUUAGCAAGAACAAUAAAUAAAAAGUUAUUUUAUACAUUGUGUUCUGUUAAAAGCAUUCCAGUAUUUUUUAUAAUGGUUACCAUGAAGAGUGGAAGUUUUUCCAACAUAGACAAGCAUUUGUUUUGUUGUACUCAGAUACAAAAUACUCUCUUGCUGCUUCCCAUUCAUUAAUUUCACAAUGUCAAAAUUAUUGUUUUUAUUUAAGCCCAGCUUUUAUAUACAUUAUUUGAAAGUACACGUCUGAGGAAUCUGACUCUACUGUGCACAGUCUAGUCCACCUUAAGACCUUGUGUAGUGACAUCAGAGAGAGGCAAUAAGAUAAAUAGAGUCCUGCCGCUCAUCCUGUAGCACAAAUGGAGUAUCAGACAGAGAGAAUGGAGCUGUAUUCCAUCCCCUCUAAAAGGCUUGAUGACUAUAUUGGUACAAACCUCCUUCCCAGCGAGGAGUUUAAAAAGAAUGUCGGUGAUGUUGUCAACAGAAUCUGUUCUUUCCUGAAAGAAAACUGGGAACUGGACAAGGAUGCCAGUGUGAUCAAGACAAUAAAGGCUGGCUCUACAGGAAAAGGAACAACUUUGGAUAAGAGUUCCGAUGUUGAUCUGGUUAUCUUCCUGAACGCCUUCUCCAGCUUCCAGGAUCAAGCAGAGAAGCGUGAAUAUGUGAUCCAGGACAUUGAAAGGAAAUUAAAUAGGUUUAUCCAGACACUUGCUUACAAAGUUGACAUCUCCCCACUGAGGAAGGGAACACGCUCACUCCAACUUUGCAUCCAGGCAAAAAAGAAGAAAGAGUCGGUAGAAGUGGACAUCCUCCCAGCAUAUGAUGUUUUAGGUCAGAUAACUGAUACAUAUAUCCCACCUACGAAGGUCUAUAUCGAUCUAAUUGAAGCCAACGGAAAGCCAGGGGAGUUCAAUACUUCCUUCACAGAGCUUCAGAGGAAUUUUGUGAAACAUCGUCCAGCAAAGCUGAAAGGACUGCUACGACUAGUCAAGCACUGGUACAAAGAAAUCAAGAAGCAAUCCAGCUUCAAAUUGCCCCCAAAAUAUGUCCUGGAAUUGCUUACCAUUUAUGCUUGGGAAGAAGAGCAUAAAGGAGAAGAGAAAUUUGACACAGCAGAAGGACUUUGCACAGUAAUGAAACUGAUCACUCAGUACAAGGAUCUCUGCCUCUUUUGGACUAAAUACUACACUCUUGAUGAUUCCAAAGUGGGGCUCCAUGUGAAAGGAAAAUUGAGGGAGUCACGUCCUGUGAUUAUCGAUCCAGCAGAUCCAACAGCAAAUGUUGCCAAAGCCAGCCUGGAAGCCUGGGAUCUAUUGGCCCAGAAAGCUUCUGAUUGCCUGAAACAGCCUUGUUGCAUGAAGGAUGAGCAACCUAUCAAACCCUGGAAUGUGCAGCCAACCCGAAACAUUGAGGUGACAGUGAUACAACAUACAGGACCACCUACCUAUAUAUCAUGCAACCCUUUUGUACCUAUCAAGAGGAUCAAGGAGCAGUUUGGGGAAAAAGGGCAUAUCUGUGAGCUAUAUUGGGGGGAAACUCUGCAAGGAAGUACAGCCUUGCAGAAUGAUAAAAGAUUGGCAGAUUAUGGGAUAUUCUUUAAUACUACUUUCCAGCUACUUGAUAGUAUAUCUCAAACGAUGCACAUUUUUGUGAAAGACUACAAUACCAAUACCAAACGUUACACGGUGAGCUCCAGUGAAACUGUCCUGGGCCUGAAAAGGAUGAUUGAAGCCGACAAACGUAUACCAGUAAAUGAUCAACGCCUGACCUACCAGGAUAAAGAGUUGGAAGAUGUAAAGACACUUGCCUACUACAAAAUUAGAAGCAAUGACACUGUCAACCUGCUUUUGAGGCUUAGAGGUGGACAUUGGAAUGGAAUGGAAUAGAAUAGAAUAGAAUAGAAUAGAAUUAUUCAUUAAUUUAGUCACUUCAUCAGAGUAAAAAUAUAAAACCAAUACAAAUACACAAGUAGAUACAAUGUAAAUUGUCACCCCUAGAGUUAACCCCAAUCUGAUCUAAAAAUUCCAUCCUGUUCAAAAUGGGCUUUGCAUUUUAAGAACAGGAAGAAUGCCUAAAGCUCCGGGCACAUACUUAUGAGCUAUUCCUACAUACCGAGUGUUGGUGUUUCUCCUCCUUAACCUGCAAUGAAAUUAUCAUGUUAUUUUUCAUAUUUUAAGUCAUGUGAUUUCCCAGUGUGGCCAGAAUUUUUUAGAUACAGAAGACCCAAUACCUUAGAAGGCACCAGAUUCUAGAAAGCUGUUUUAAGAUCUUGGCAUUGUAUCCAUGACAAGAUUAACCAGAUCAAUUAGGGCAGGGUUAUCAAACUUGAGGCCUAUAGGCCAGAUGGGUCACACACUGGCCACAUCCAUCCCCAAUUUAGCGAAGGGGGGAAAAGUCACGCUAUGUCACGUGACGACAAAGUGAUGUUGCGAGUUUGACACUGGAUUAAGUGCAUCACAAGAACUCUUAAGAAAAAGGGUUAAUUGAGGCAGCCAGCUAAUUCACAGGAAAUUAAAAUUACAGGUAAUCCUUGUUUAAUGACCAAAGUUGAGACCAGCAAUUUGGUUGUUAAGUGAAGGGGUCACUAAGUGACUAUGAGGGUGCUUAUGAUCUUACUUUAGCUUUCCAUUCCUUUCCAGCAUGUAAAGGUUCUAAAAUCUGAGGAUUGGUUGCAAAGUUACUUUUUCAUCACUAUUCUAACUGGUCACUGUAUGAGAAGGCUCUUAAACAAGGACUAUCUAUAUCACUACAUACAUCUAGAACUGCACACAGAGUUAAAGUAACUGCCCAACCGGUAUUUGGUUUCUAAGACCUUAAUACCAUGCAUUAAAGAAGUACAUAUUAUUUCAAUGACUUAUACAGAUCAUAAUCAAGUUUUAAUAACAUGGAAUGCUGAAGAAAAAUACUUUUCAGAUAGAAGAUGAAUGAUGCUAACCUACAAAAAGAGGAAUCAAACUUGUUGAAAAUGCAUAGGAUGCCAGAAACCUCUCAUUCUACCAUUGGGGAAACAAAUAAAGUAUAUAAACUGAAUACGUCAAAAAACUAAAAUACAACAAAGAAAGAACAAUUAGAUGUUAAAAUAAGAGAAUUGGGACAAAAGGAUAAAAGUAACUUAGAAUUAACAAGAAAGAAUGGAUCAAACA